CCUGGUCUUGUGUCUCGCUCUCUGUAUCUGCCUUUUCGAGUAUUAGCGACCCAAAAAAAGAUUUCCUUUAAACCAAUUUUUUUUUUUUUUUUUGGGUUGCUCAUCACCAUUGUGACAGAGCUUUUUGUUGGAGAUACAGAGAGCGAAUUUGCAAAAACAUGAGCACCGGCCAGUCAAACCCACAGGGACUCGUAAUCUGUGUCAAUGAUUCGAUCCAUUCAUUCCUCAACUCGGCUUCAAGGGACCCACAACUCCCUCAGGAGCUGAAGCAAAUCGCUUCCGAGCUCUCUUCCAAACCCAAUGUCCCUUACAAGUUCCUCCGCGCUAUCUGGUUCGCCUCUAAUGUCUCCGCCCGACCCAAAUUGAUCCAACUCCUUGCCGGGUCGGAUUUCGUCCUCCCUAGCCCCAAACCCAGAGAAAAGAGCGAAGAGUUGAAGGCUAGGUUGAGCAAGCUAGUAGAUAUGGUGGAGAGGAGAGAAUAUCAGGAACUUGUGAAGGACAUAACACCUAAGAAGAAUGAUAGCGAGCCAUUCUCUACUUAUAGAGAACAGCUGGGAUUGGGUUUACAAGUUGCACUGGCAAUGUUUACUGGCUAUUUGGCUGGGUAUUACGCAUUCAGAGCACUAUUUGGCCCAAAUGUUGCCUUGAAUGCUGCUGGUGGAAUUUUAGGAUUGAUUGGUGGCUUGUUGGUAGAAUCACUUCUGUUCAUAAUCAGAGCUUCCAGUCAAGAUUUUAGAUCAACUAAGCCCAUUGCCAAGCAGAAGAAGAAGGAUCAGUAGACCUGGUCUUUAAUGGUUGAUAAUGGCAAUAAGGCAAUGAGAUUGAACUAAUGUUGUCCUCAUUGAUGAUUCUUUUUGGUGGGCUUGUUUAUAUUAUAUUGGAGCAAAACUUGAGAGGGCCUUCUCAAUGAUUUUACGCGUUUCAAGCAACACAACAUUGAAAGGAGAUCAAAAGCAUUUUUGUUGUAGAAAAGAAAUGGUUUGAGUUAUAUAAUUCCCACUAGGGUUUUUCCUUAUAUUAUUCUUUUAUUCAUGUAUUGAAUAAUAAAUAUCAGUAUAACUUAGUUUGGAUAUAUCAAGCAGACAUCUGAAAUGUUGGGUUGUUGGACUAUUUUAUUAAAGCAGAUUGAAGCUUAAGAGAAGUGGGGAGAAAGUUUUAUGUUCAUAUAAACAAGCUCAAACAUCAUAAUAUGAGGAGGUGAAGAUUGCGUCUCUAUUUGCAAGUGUUAUGCACAUAUGAAAUCAUCAUUGUUGAUAUUCAUAUUUAAGUUCUUAAUUUGUUGA